AUGGCCAACCCCCGCGUUGAGGAGAUUCCUGAGGAGGAAACCCCCAAGACCAAUGUUGAGGAUGCGGGCAGCUCCUCCGAAUCUGAGGCUGGAGAAGCUCCCACCGUCCCUGCUGGUGGCUCUGUCGUUAUUCACAACCGCAACGAGAAGAAGGCCAGGAAGGCUAUUGGCAAGCUCGGUCUGAAGCUCGUCCCGGGCAUCACUCGUGUCACCCUUCGCAGACCCAAGGGUAUCCUCUUCGUUAUUAACCAGCCCGAAGUUUACCGCUCUCCCAGCAGCAACACCUGGAUUAUCUUCGGUGAGGCCAAGAUUGAGGACCUGAACUCCCAGGCUCAGGCUUCUGCUGCCCAACAGCUGGCUGCUGCCGAGGCUGCCAACGAGCACGCUGGCCACGACCACGACCACGACCACGACAAGGGCAAGGGCAAGGCUCCUGAGACUGAGGCCAAGAAGGAAGAGGAGGAGGAUGACGGAGAGGAGGUUGACGAGACUGGUCUCGAAGCUAAGGACAUUGAGCUCGUCAUGGCCCAGGCCAGUGUAUCCCGCAAGAAGGCCGUCAAGGCACUAAGGGAAAACGAUAACGAUAUCGUGAACUCAAUCAUGGCGCUCAGCAUAUGA